CUGCAUUAUCUAGGUUAGCUCUUUCCCCACUCUUUGAUCCUGCUCUUUCUGGCCUACCUUGUAUUGAUUUGAGAGCUUUGAGCAUCUGCUUGAGCUCUUUUUGGACGGAAUCUAGGAGAACUUCAGGCUGUGACUAGACUUCCAAUGGACUCACCAGCGAAGCGUAGCACACUCUCGACCCAGGAGUUUUCUCAGACGCCUGGUGAAGGAUAUUCAGCUGAUACUCAAGCUGUCUCAGAAGGACUAGCACAGAACCUUAGUGACAUGACUCUCAACCCUAGUACCGCAUCCCCUUCCGUUCCACCAGAACAUUCACCCCAACAGCAGGACACAGGAAACAACUCGAAGGCGUCGUCAGGACUGGGGCUGAAUCCACGCCUGCUUUACACGAGGAGACGUGGAGCCAGGACAGUGGCUAGUGUUCAGGAAGAAGUGAAGAAAAUGAGAGAAAGGCUUCGACUGAGGAUGAUAAGAAGGUUGGAUGCUAUUAAAUAUCGCACCUUGUACCUGAAUAAACCAGGAUUUAAAUGUGGCUGUAGUCAUUGCCUUUUACAUCCAGGUCCUCUUGAUUGUAUUAUUGACAAUUAUGGCAUGGAGCCAUUUUAAAUAUACACCUUAUUCUUGUAGUUAUUGGAAUUGUAACAUUUUUUAAUGUCCUAUUUCAAUUUUUAGUAGCAGAUGUGUGUAUAGGGCAUCUUUAAUAAACUUGAGGCAUAUCUGAGACAUGUGUAUUCUUGUUCUUGUUCAUUGAUUGAAUUUAU